GGAAGCAGCGUAGCGUACUACUGCGCAUGUCACAUGACUUUGGUAUAACUGCGUUGCUUCCUUGCUUGUGUAUGCUAAGCGCCAAGACUGAAAGUUUAGUGUUAUAGGUAUUUGCGCGGUUUUUAUUAAUUUGAUUAUAUUUAAUAGCAAUGGUGCAAUAUUGUUGCUGUUAUGGGUGCAAAGAAAGAUAUGUGAAAGGAGGAACAGUUACUUUUCAUAGUUUCCCGAAAGACGAACGAAGAGCGAAAAUAUGGCUCCAGAACAUAAAUAGACCGAAUUUCGUCCAUUCAAGAUACUCGAAAGUGUGUUCGAAGCACUUUACAGAAGAAAGCUUUGAUAGGGAGAGGUUUGGAGGCGUCUGGCUCAAGAAUGAUGCUAUACCAACAGUUUUUGAUUGUUGUGAGCGCCCACCAAAAGCAGCAGCAAAAAAACGUCCACCAAAAAGAGAUAAUUCACAAAAUCUUAAUGAGCUCCUGGCAAGCAUUCAGAGUAGAAAUGUUCCGAUUCUACCAGCGCCCUCUACUUCAGCAAACAGUAAAAGACAGUACAGUAUUUGGUGUAUUUCAGUAGUGCCACCAUCGGCACCCAAACCUGAGCAAACUUGGCCAGAUGAUGAAAGAAACAGGGAAAUUACUGCAUUAGUAAAUGAUUCAGCUACCAACAAAAUGCAGUUGGGAAUCGCCACGAAAAAGGAGUUAGAUGACGGAGGGAAUCGAGACUAUUUUUUGUGUGGCACAGUGAAGCAGGAACAGGAGUAUGAGCACGUGGUUGUGAAGAAGGAACCAGAAGAAGACCCUGAUGAAUCUAUGUAUUCAGCAACUGAAGAGGAGUGUGAGCACAUCGUUGUGAAGCAAGAACCAAUAGAAGAGCCUGAUGAAUCUGUGAAUUCAGCAACUGAAGAGGGAUGUGAAAUCACGAUAGUGAAGGAGGAACCAGCAGAUGAUCCUGAUGAGUCCACAUAUGCAGCAGCUGGAGAGAUGUGUGGGAGGAUAAAUGUGAAGGUGGAACAGGAGCCUGAAUACGAAGGGAACUCCUGUGAGAAGCACAGAACACAGGAACCAGAAUACAUAGAAGUGAAGAGCGAACCACUCGAGGCAGAGGAAGUUACUGGUGACAGAGCCACACAUUGUUUCUGGUGAACGUUUUCCCCAAGCUUCACCACCAGCUCACUUGAUAUUUCUGGCACGAAUGUGACAACAACAGCAGGCUGCAAGAGUCUGGAAAUUCACUGGUUUCUAUAAAGUAAGGGGGAGGGGGAGGGGGGCACAACCCAGAAAGUUGUAUGUCAAAUGUGAUGAUGUGUACAAUCUCGAAAGACAUUCAGGAGAAUGCAAGGUGAAACUGGAGAGAGAUUACCUUAAUCGGUAGAUGCAGUGCAAAACUUCUUUUCCUUAAGCAGUUGAUGCAUUUACAGGUAUAUAUGAUUAUCAUUACUCCUCUUAUGUGUCUUUUUUAUUUUUUGUUCUUUGCUCGCGGAAACUUUCCCACCUUUCUGUUUAACAUUUACAGAUGCCAUAAUACCUCAGUGAACAGUGUCUGGCAAGAUGACUGUGUAUUUAUUUAUCAGGCCUACCUCUCCAAGUUUUUAAAAAAAACAAUGCAAGAAACACAUUUUGCUACUUUCUUUUAUUUCUCUUCAUAAUUUAUAGACUUCUACACUUGUUCAAACCAAUUCAGGAAACACUUUCUGCCAAUAUUUUGUUGCUACCUUAAAGGACUCUACAGCUUCUAGAGGUAAAAAAUCAAGUGAAUCUGGCCAGCAACUAAUUAUUUCAAUGCAGUUCGAUGCGAAUUAUUCGAUCUUCAUUGAAAUUGUGAAUAAUCUACCAGGAAUAAAUGUUUUUCACAGCUGACUGACCCUGCGAAAUCAUAUGCGCUGCAGUCUUGGAUACACCUAAAGACAGCUGUGUCUUACAGUCCCAUGCCAGUGCUCUGAACCGUGUUGCGUACCUUACUAAUGUACUUUUGAACAGUUAAUUUAGAUGAGCUUAACAAAAUACAUUGUUGACAAUAGCACAACCCUGAUGAAAUUUUAUGAACCAGUUGUAAAAAACCUCUUUUUAGAAGAUGAUAGAUUACAAAAAGUUUAUUAAAAUGAUUCAAAAAAUAAAAUGUCAUCGAACAGAAAUCUUCACUCACAAUUUCCAUGUUUUCCCAAGAUUGUUUCUUUGCAUGCUCACUGAAAUCAGUU